GCCCUUUGUCUAUAUUGCCGCCAAAGAAGGUCUUAAACAAGAAGUAGUAAAAACACAUUGAAAACAUCGUUCAACCUUCAUUUCCGUUUAAUUAUUGAAGAAAAGAAUUUCAUUAGAACACAAAAGGUAGGAAUUGGAAUCUCCAAAACACAGAGACCUCUGUAUUUAUAUGCAAAGUACGUGAAGCGUGCUGCCUUAUGCUUGCUCAGAAGUUUUUUAAAAAAAAUUUCCAAUUCCUUGGUAAAAACAGAGAUUUUGAGUUCUCGAGAACCGGGUUUUCUUGCUUAUUUAUUCUUCCGGAAACCAAAGACUUAUAAGAGGAACUUUGAUCGUCAUCGAGAAAUAUAUAGACUAAACUGGUUUGAAUAUUGUGAAUUCUCAUUUUCUCCAGCAUUAUCUCUCGGUUAUCCGUUCAAAAGGUAGCUGUUUUUACGUUGGCUAUCGUACCAUCUAAUUAUCCUUUGACGGUCGUUUUUUUUUCUUUCAAUUUACAACUGAUAAACAUCUCUGGUGAAGGUUAAGGCGCUUUUUUAACCUCACCGCGGUUUCCUUUUUUUUUUUUAUCAUAGACCUGCCUAUACGACUGACCCAAAAUUUAUUUGGCAAAUCACUGCUCUUGCUUAGAGGAACGUACACGUCUUUUGAAUUAAACUAACUCCGAAAAAUAUAAGUUUAAGAGAAAAGAAAACAUAAAAGAUCUGUAUUAUAUUGAAUUGCUCUUCCCCUUAUUUGUUUGGUACUUCCCCUAUACUUCAAAAGCCCCUUUACUUAAACAACCUUGCUUUUUGGAAUUUUGCAGGUUUUUGUUAAAAUUUCCCUAUCCUGCGUGUCUGUAACCAUUGCAUUCGUUUUUAUCUUGUUUCUGGCUUCUUCUUUGACUUCGUCUCGUUACCCCAUUGUUUAUUUUCCGCUAAUUUCUUUCUUAUUUUCUUCGCAUCUAUUUAUUUUUUGAUUUAUUAUACUGCUUAUCGUUACUUUCCUUUGACUAAUAAACUGCAAAAUGAGAGAAUCUAAUGUCAGUGUCGUUUGGAACAAUAGAGCAUCUGUUACGAUCAACACAGUUUUGUAUGAUCGACGUGCUCUUGAUUGCGAUUCCGAAAUGGCCCUCAUGAAUUCAUUGAGUCAUCUUGCUUACUUAACGUCCACUUCACCCAAAAUCAGAGAAAUAUUAACCAUAGACGGUGGCUUAGUUCGUUUAAUGAAUAUUUUGCGAGCUGGAAGAGGACAAACGUUCGCUCGUAUGACGAUUUGGCAGCUAGCAUUGCAAUGUGUCGUCAACGUAGGCAUCCGAGGUUCUGAAGCUAUUAGAAUCCGCGUUGUUGAAGCAGGAAUUGUUCCCAUCAUUGUUACACUCUUGGAUGAUUUUCUUUUUGCCCUUGAAUCUGUGGUUCCUUCCACUAAUCGACCACCAGUUGCUUUCUCAUCUGCUUCCACUCCACCUCCAAACAACUCAUUAGCUCCGAUAGACUCAAACUCCAUGGAUGCGAUCACUGAAAACAACUCUCCUUUAAAUUCGUUGUAUGUGGGCAGUGAGUCGUCUUCGCCUUACCUGAACAACAUUUCUGGGCGCAGAAACAUUGCUGUUGAAGUGAGAGACAAUGAAAUUCAAAAUCGAACACGCUCAGCAAACCGAGAACUUACUGGACGAGAACUUACGGAGACUGGUUCUUCUCAAGAUCAUUCUGCUGUAUUUCCCCAAGAUGCAUUUGGAGAUUCUCAAGUCCAAUCACCAUUUACCGUUUCAAGAUUACCGUCUUCUACCUCAACUACGUCCUUGUCUAAUGAAAAUAUUAACCCCGCCUCUUCUCCUUCCUCCCCAAACUUACCCCAACAUCCAACUGUCGCUGGAGGAAGCUCGAAUCCCGAUACUACUUCUUCUGGACCCUCUAAUUCUUCAAAUCUCUUCACACCUUUACCUGUAAACCCUUUAAAUUCAGUACAAGAAUCAUCUCGUGUAUCAGAUCAAUUAUCUACGUCGAUAGCUCAGCAACAGGCCAUCAUUCGACGACGCCGUGCGCAAAGAGCAAUUUCGAUUCCUACUCCCUUAGUGUUAUUCGAAGCAAGAAGAUUAGAAAAUACCGCGGAUUUUCAAGGAAUUGCUUCAUUUUUUGAUAAUUUCGACAAAAAAAUAAAUAAACUGCCUAGGGAGGAAGAUAUACUUUACGGGUUACAAAUCCUGGCAUACACAAGUAAAAAUUACUUCCAUUUACGCUCUGAUUUUGAAGCUUCCAAAGAUGUACCUAGUUUACGUAUGUCUCCCUUGCGCAGUGGAAACAAAGUGUGGAAUACUUUCCAGCUUGUUGAACAGUUUACCUUAAAGUUCUAUCCUCCUCAAAUUCAGUACUGGGCUAGAGCUAUAAUGAACAAUUACUGUCGAAAGGAUGAAAGUCGAGGUGGAAUUCGUCGUUGCGCAAGUUUACAAUGCACUAAAUGGGAAGAGCAUAGCCGGCAAUUUGCCAAGUGCAGGCGCUGUCGUCGUACAAAGUAUUGCAGCAAGGAGUGCCAGCAGCUAGCAUGGCCAGGACAUAGCCGUUGGUGUCGUGUAAUUCACAAAGAUGUUCGAUCCUCUAGACGAGAUGUUGGAAAGCAAGCUCCUCAAGCGUCGGGAGCGCAAGUUGAACCAGGUUCUCUUGCAACCGAUACUGGUGUCGCGAUACCUAGUCAUACUCCAGAAGCAACUGACUCCAACUCUUCAACUACGACUAUUCAAAAUUCUAAUACAUAAAAUCUUAUGUUAUGGUCCAUAGAAACAAGUUCCAUUAUUCAUGUAUACUGAGAACUCAUUAGUAUUGUCUGCAGCCAGAGAGCUGAACUGCUUACUCGGAGCGUUCAAGCUACCUUUCCUGAAGUGAAGUGUAUUCUGUUAAUGAUCUAUAUUAUCUCAUUUUGGGGGUUCACAAAUUACUGCUUUUUCUUAGUUAACCAUUAAUGUCAAAUAUGACUAUC